AAAUCCACAAUUCAAAUCAAACAAAUUCAAUUGUCUCAAAAAUCCAAUCGAUUAGGUCCAAAAAUGUCAGGACGAGGAAAAGGAGGUAAGGGAUUAGGAAAGGGCGGAGCAAAGCGGCACAGGAAGGUCUUAAGAGACAACAUCCAAGGAAUUACAAAGCCGGCGAUCCGGCGUUUGGCUCGGAGAGGCGGAGUUAAGCGGAUCAGCGGGCUGAUCUACGAGGAGACACGUGGAGUUCUCAAGAUCUUCUUGGAGAAUGUGAUUAGAGACGCUGUGACUUACACUGAGCACGCGAGGAGGAAGACUGUUACUGCAAUGGAUGUUGUUUAUGCUUUGAAGAGACAGGGACGAACUCUCUAUGGAUUCGGCGGUUGAGCGGCGGUGGUUGUGACGGUGAUGGUGGUGGUCGGAGAAGUCUUGCUGUCAAGAAAAGUGAAAUGGGCGACGGUGGUUGUGUUCUUUUAGAGUUAGAGUUAGUUGAUUUGUGUUCAAUUGAAAUGCUGUGUAAUUAAGAAAGUUAGAGAGUAGUUCUUAUUAAUGUAAUGUGUAAUUCUGGCUUUGAAUUGCAAAUUUGAUCUAAUUCGGUUUGUUUCUUCUUCCAA